AUGAAGUUAAAUCCUACUAAGUGUUCUUUUGGUGUAACUGCAGGCAAGUUCUUAGGCUACUUGGUGACACAACGAGGGAUCGAAGCCAACCCAGCUCAGAUUGAUUCAAUCCUAAGGAUCCCCUCACCAACAUGCAUCAAAGAUGUCCAAAAACUAACAGGCCGAAUCGCUGCGCUAGGCCGAUUCAUCUCAAAGUCUUCCGAGCGAUGCCACUCUUUCUUCAACACACUUAGAAAAUCAAAGACAUUCGAAUGGACAGCCGAGUGUGAAGAAGCGUUGGACAAAUUAAAGCAAUACCUGACUAGCCCUCCACUAUUAUCAAAGCCAAAAGAUAACGAAAACCUCUUUGUGUACCUAGCUGUCUCUGAGGCGGCAGUCAGCGCAGUCUUAGUAAGAGAGGAUAAAGGUAAACAACUUCCAAUUUAUUAUGUCUCUAAAUCCUUACUUGAUGCAGAAACGAGGUACAACACUGAGAACUUAGCAUUGGCACUCAUUCACGCGGCCGUAAAGUUGCGUCCAUACUUCCAAUGCCACCCAAUCACAGUACUCACCACCUUUCCCCUCAAGACCAUACUACAUAAACCAGAGUUGUCUGGAAGAUUGACCAAGUGGGCAGUGGAGCUCAGCGAAUAUGACAUCUCCUACAAGCCACGAACCGCAGUAAAAUCUCGUGUAUUAGCCGAUUUCAUUGCGUACUUUACACCUAACUCUCAAGUGCAGGCGGAAAAAGAACUUUGCCACCUUACAGAGGGACAGGCAAAUGGCACAUGGGAAUUACAUGUAGACGGUUCAAGCAAUGUAAGAGGAAGCGGAUUAGGACUGGUUCUGGCCUCACCCCAAGGCGAGAAGAUCGAGCAAGCAAUCAGAUGUGGGUUUAAAGCUACAAACAAUGAGGCAGAGUAUGAGGCUAUGAUUGCUGGACUCGGACUGGCCAAAGAAAUGGGAGCCAAAAGAAUCAACGUCUUUAGCGAUUCACAACUUGUAGUCAACCAAGUGCAAGGUAGCUAUCAGGUCCGAGAUAGCAAAAUGACAGCUUAUCUUGAGAAAACAAAAGAGUUGCAAUCGACCUCCGACGAGUUUACAAUCAGUCAGGUGCCUAGGGAAAAUAAUAGUCACGCAGACGCCUUAGCCAACCUUGGGUCUUCCAUCCAGACAACCAGCCCCAAAACAAUCCCAAUGGUGUACCUCCAAUGGCCUGCUGUCUGGAAGAAAGAAGAAGAAGAAGAAGUAAAUGACGUCGCCAACGAAAAGACAUGGAUGACGCCCAUCAUCGAGUACUUAGAAAAAGAUGUGCUACCAGAAGAUAAGAAUGAAGCCCGAAGAGUCAAGGCUCAGGCAGCCAGAUUCUCAAUAAUACGAGGUAAGCUCUAUAAACGAUCCUAUUCUGGUCCAUAUUUGAGAUGUGUUAACCCUGCAGAAGCAAAAUAUAUACUAGCUGAGCUUCACGAGGGCGAAUGUGGCAACCAUUCGGGAGGCAGAAGCUUAGCACACCGGGCCCUCACACAAGGCUACUAUUGGCCUUCUAUGAGAGCUGACUCAUCUGAAUAUACAAGACGGUGA